AACAAUCCCCGUCAAUACAGCUCAAAUCUGUUUAUCGCCGAGUGGAUAUUUUGCUAGCCUGAUAAUUUCUCCCAAACAGUGCCGGAUUUGGGCUAUUAUGGCGUCUUUGGGGGAACCUGUUCGACUGGAAAGAGACAUUUCUCGGGCCAUUGAAUUGCUUGACAAGCUCCAGAGGACGGGGGAAGUGCCACCCCAGAAACUGCAGGCACUGCAAAGGGUCUUGCAGAGUGAGUUCUGUAAUGCUGUGCGAGAGGUGUAUGAACAUGUGUAUGAGACAGUGGACAUUAACAGUAGCCCAGAAGUCAGGGCAAAUGCCACAGCCAAGGCCACUGUUGCAGCGUUUGCGGCCAGUGAGGGGCACUCACACCCUCGCGUGGUGGAGCUGCCUAAGACUGAGGAAGGACUUGGCUUCAAUAUAAUGGGAGGGAAGGAACAGAACUCUCCUAUUUACAUCUCACGCAUCAUUCCUGGGGGAAUCGCCGACCGCCACGGGGGCCUCAAGAGAGGCGACCAGCUUCUUUCUGUCAAGGGGGUGAGUGUGGAGGGGGAGCACCAUGAGAAAGCUGUGGAGCUUCUCAAAGCUGCCCAGGGCACUGUGAAGCUGGUGGUCAGGUACACUCCUAAAGUCCUUGAGGAAAUGGAGUCCCGCUUUGAGAAGAUGAGGUCUGCAAAGCGCCGGCAACAGAACAGCUAUCCCCAAUAGUGUUUUUUCAUCACUGGCACGCAAUUCCCUCAUCUUUCACCCUCUUCCAGCCAUCUGUCCCAGUCACAAUUUUAACCUUCUUCUAAAACUUAGCACACUAAGUUUUUAGUUUGGAUCCACAUACAGUGGGGCAAAAAAGUAUUUAGUCAGCCACCAAUUGUGCAAGUUCUCCCACUUAAAAAGAUGAGAGAGGCCUGUAAUUUUCAUCAUAGGUACACUUCAACUAAAAAUCCUGAAAAUCACAUUGUAGGAUUUUUAAUGAAUUUAUUUGCAAAUUAUGGUGGAAAAUAAGUAUUUGGUCAAUAACAAAAGUUUAUCUCAAUACUUUGUUAUAUAGCCUUUGUUGGCAAUGACAGAGGUCAAACGUUUUCUGUAAGUCUUCACAAGGUUUUCACACACUGUUGCUGGUAUUUUGGCCCAUUCCUCCACGCAGAUCUCCUCUAGUGCAGUGAUGUUUUGGGGCUAUUGCUGGGCAACACAGACUUUGAACUCCCUCCAAAGAUUUUCUAUGGGGUUGAAAUCUGGAGACUGGCUAGGCCACUCCAGGACCUUGAAAUGCUUCUUACGAAGCCACUCCUUCGUUGCCCGGGCGGUGUGUUUGGGAUCAUUGUCAUGCUGAAAGACCCAGCCACGUUUCAUCUUCAAUGCCCUUGCUGAUGGAAGGAGGUUUUCACUCAAAAUCUCACGAUACAUGGCCCCAUUCAUUCUUUCCUUUACACGCAUCAGUCGUCCUGGUCCCUUUGCAGAAAAACAGCCCCAAAGCAUGAUGUUUCCACCCCCAUGCUUCACAGUAGGUAUGGUGUUCUUUGGAUGAAACUCAGCAUUCUUUGUCCUCCAAACACGACGAGUUGAGUUUUUACCAAAAAGUUAUAUUUUGGUUUCAUCUGACCAUAUGACAUUGUUCCAAUCUUCUUCUGGAUCAUCCAAAUGCUCUCUAGCAAACUUCAGACGGGCCUGGACAUGUACUGGCUUAAGCAGGGGGACACGUCUGGCACUGCAGGAUUUGAGUCCCUGGCGGCGUAUUGUGUUGCUGAUGGUAGGCUUUGUUAAUUUGGUCCCAGCUCUCUGCAGGUCAUUCACCGUGUGGUUCUGGGAUUUUUGCUCACCGUUCUUGUGAUCAUUUUGACCUCACGGGGUGAGAUCUUGCAUGGAGCCCCAGAUCGAAGGAGAUUAUCAGUGGUCUUGUAUGUCUUCCAUUCCCUAAUAAUUGCUCCCACAGUUGAUUUCUUCAAACCAAGCUGCUUACCUAUUGCAGAUUCAGUCUUCCCAGCCUGGUGCAGGUCUACAAUUUUGUUUCUGGUGUCCUUUGACAGCUCUUUGGUCCUGGCCAUAGUGGAGUUUGGAGUGUGACUGUUUGAGGUUGUGGACAGGUGUAUUUUAUACUGAUAACAAGUUCAAACAGGUGCCAUUAAUACAGGUAACGAGUGGAGGACAGAGGAGCCUCUUAAAGAAGAAGUUACAGGUCUGUGAGAGCCAGAAAUCUUGCUUGUUUGUAGGUGACCAAAUACUUAUUUUCCACCAUAAUUUGCAAAUAAAUUCAUUAAAAAUCCUACAAUGUGAUUUUCUGGAUAUUUUUUUUUCUCAUUUUUUCUGUCAUAGUUGAAGUGUACUUAUGAUGAAAAUUACAGGCCUCUCAUCUUUUUAAGUGGGAGGACUUGCACAAUUGGUGGCUGACUAAAUACUUUUUUGCCCCACUAUAUAUUAUAUUUCUACCUUUUCUACACCCUACCCCUGCGACUUCUGACACCACGACUCAAGGCAAACACUAGAUUUAUCAUAUUUCUACAAGUAAAAAUCAAAAUCAAAAAAUCGAAUUUAUUUAUAUAGCCCUUCGUACAUCAGCUGAUAUCUCAAAGUGCUGUACAGAAACCCAGCCUAAAACCCCAAACAGCAAGCAAUGCAGGUGUAGAAGCAUGGUGGCUAGGAAAAACUCCCUAGAAAGGCCAAAACCUAGGAAGAAACCUAGAGAGGAACCAGGCUAUGUGGGGUGGCCAGUCCUCUUCUGGCUGUGCCGGGUGGAGAUUAUAACAGAACAUGGCCAAGAUGUUCAAAUGUUCAUAAAUGACCAGCAUGGUCGAAUAAUAAUAAGGCAGAACAGUUGAAACUGGAGCAGCAGCACAGUCAGGUGGACUGGGGACAGCAAGGAGUCAUCAUGUCAGGUAGUCCUGGGGCACGGUCCUAGGGCUCAGGUCCUCCGAGAGAGAGAAAGAAAGAGAGAAUUAGAGAGAGCAUAUGUGGGGUGGCCAGUCCUCUUCUGGCUGUGCCGGGUGGAGAUUAUAACAGAACAUGGCCAAGAUGUUCAAAUGUUCAUAAAUGACCAGCAUGGUCGAAUAAUAGUAAGGCAGAACAGUUGAAACUGGAGCAGCAGCAUGGCCAGGUGGACUGGGGACAGCAAGGAGUCAUCAUGUCAGGUAGUCCUGGGGCAUGGUCCUAGGGCUCAGGUCAGUUGAAACUGGAGCAGCAGCAUGGCCAGGUGGACUGGGGACAGCAAGGAGUCAUCAUGUCAGGUAGUCCUGGGGCAUGGUCCUAGGGCUCAGGUCCUCCGAGAGAGAGAAAGAAAGAGAGAUGGAGAGAAUUAGAGAACGCACACUUAGAUUCACACAGGACACCGAAUAGGACAGGAGAAGUACUCCAGAUAUAACAAACUGACCCUA